AUGGAAUUGGAAGUGUUAGAUGCAAAAAGCAACAAAUCCCAUGGAAAGGUCAAUGUGUCCUCUUCCUCGGUACAGGUGCACGAGCUGCGCGUACUAAUUCAUAAGACUUUCAGGCAAACACCGCAUUCGGACCGCAUAUCGCUGCGUCUGGAGCCGCGUGGCAAAAGUCUUAAGGACACAGACACUGUGGGUACACUUGGCUUGAGCAAUGGCAGCAAGGUGUACAUUAAGGAUUUGGGGCCACAGAUUGGCUGGAAGACUGUGUUUUUGGCCGAGUACGCAGGUCCUUUAAUUGUGUACCUGAUGUUUUAUUUUCGACCAGAGCUCAUUUAUGGCAAGGCAGCUUCCAAACCAAUCUCACUCACCACGCAUAUUGCCGCUGGCUGCUAUACGGUUCAUUAUGUGAAGCGUUUGCUGGAGACAAUAUUUGUGCAUCGCUUCUCGCACAACACAAUGCCCUUGCGCAAUCUUUUCAAGAACUGCAGCUAUUACUGGGGAUUCACCGCUUACGUUUCGUAUCACACUAAUCAUCCUAUGUACACUUCUCCCUGCAUGUGCACCGUUUGGGCUGCUCUGGCUGCCUUUGCUUUGUGCGAAUUGGGUAACUUCUCCAUACACAUUGCUCUGCGUAAUUUGCGUCCACCUGGCACCAAAGUUCGCAAAAUUCCAGUGCCCGAUGCUAAUCCGCUGACUAAGCUCUUCAAUUUGGUCUCUUGCCCCAAUUAUACAUAUGAGAUUGGCUCUUGGAUCUGUUUCUCGGUUAUGACCGCUUGCCUGCCUGCCUAUCUUUUUGCAUUUGCUGGCGCUUUUCAGAUGACCAUCUGGGCUCUUGCCAAGCACCGCAACUACAAAAAGGAAUUCAAGGAUUAUCCUAGGUGCCGUCGCGCCAUUUUCCCCUUUGUCUUGUAAGCGGCUUAACAAGCUAAUUUCAGUUACAGCACAAGCUGUAGAGAUUCCAAUUUAUUCACUAGAAAUACUAAGUUAUAUUAAUGGGUAGUAGAUUUUCAUGCAAACAAACAAAUAUAUAAAUUGGAUAAACACUCGUGAAGGGUGUGGUCUCACCUAA